AUCUCCACUAUUUCACAGUCAUCACCUUUGCCAAAAGAAUUGAUAAAGCCACAGCGAGGUGUACAGAGAUUGUAUCAAACCCAUAAACUCAAUCACAGAGCUUUGAUUUCCCUCAGUCUACGCGGUCUCUCAAAACUAAAAAAAAAAAAAAAAGGUGUGAACUGCUCCAGUUUCUACCAUUUCUGUUAUUUGCACUUGGGACAGCAGAAGCUGGAAAUGGUUAAAAGGUAUGGAGUGUAUUGAUUUGCAGAAGAUAACAUGUUGCAGUGCAUAGAGGGAUUAAAGCAUUUAGGUGCUUCCCUAUUGCGGUGUUGUGAUCUUGAUUUAUAUAAACAGUCGAGAGGCCUUGAAGACCCCGAACUUCUUGCGAGGGAGACAGUGUUCAGUGUAAGUGAAAUAGAGGCACUUUAUGAGCUCUUUAAGAAGAUCAGCAGCGCAGUAAUUGAUGAUGGGCUGAUUAACAAGGAAGAGUUCCAAUUGGCAUUAUUCAAGACAAACAAGAAAGAGAGCCUGUUUGCUGAUCGGUUCUCAUCGCAGGUAUUUGACUUGUUUGACACAAAGCACAAUGGAAUACUAGGUUUUGAAGAGUUUGCACGUGCUCUCUCUGUUUUUCAUCCAAAUGCACCUAUUGACGAUAAGAUUGAAUUUUCUUUUCAACUGUAUGAUCUCAAGCAGCAAGGUUUUAUUGAGAGACAGGAGGUGAAGCAAAUGGUAGUGGCUACACUUGCUGAAUCUGGAAUGAAUCUUUCAGAUGAUGUUAUAGAAAGUAUUAUUGACAAGACCUUUGAGGAAGCUGAUACAAAACAUGAUGGGAAGAUUGACAAGGAAGAGUGGAGAAGCCUUGUUUUGCGACAUCCAUCUCUCCUGAAGAAUAUGACCCUUCAAUACCUGAAAGACAUUACCACAACAUUCCCAAGCUUUGUGUUCCAUUCACAAGUUGAUGAUACCUGAACUCGAGAUUUGCGCUGAAAUUCAGCAGAUUUUGUUAAGUAUGGUUGGUUUGCUUCAAGAUAUUAUGACCCUCGUAUAUGUUAGGGGGGCUAGAGAAAGGUUUUUCGUCAUUUUGGCUUUGGGUGUGAGGGUUUUUUGUCGUAUGUAUUUGUAUUCAGUGACUAGAUUCUCUCUUCUUUCUGGAUGUAUGAGGUAUGUGGGAUUUUAUCAUGGAGCUUGCAGAUGUAAUGGUUUAUGGUUGUGCUUUCCAGACAAAAGAUUUCAAUGGUGUGAAAAAAAUUGUAAGCAACAAACAGAAUCCUUCAGGGGUUCUAAAAAAAAAAAUGAAUCCUUCAGGGGAAGAACACUCUAUUGGUGCAA